CUCUCCUUUCCUUCUCGCUUCCACCACAGAGCAAGCACAACGCAACACAACUUCACGGCUUCAGCUUUCUGCUGCCAGCUUCCAUUGCGAGAACAGCGUUGUACAUUGCUUCCGCAAUCUGCAUUCAGUUGCGUCCAAUUGCAAUCAAUCGAUCAAUCCAUCACGAAACACCCACAAACAAAACAAGCGUCCAUUGGAGUAUGACACGAUGACGUCCAUCUCGGAUCUGGCUGUCGGCCAGAAGAUCCGCCUCAGCGACAAUCGCUCUGGCACCAUCCGCUUUGUCGGCCAGACCGCAUUUGCCCCGGGUGACUGGGUCGGAAUUGAGCUCGACGAUGGCUCUGGAAAGAACGACGGAAGCGUCCAAGGCGAGCGCUACUUCGACUGCAAGAUGGGCUUCGGCAUGUUCGUGAGGCCUUCCACCAUCACCGUGGUUGCCCAGCCCAAGCCCGCGGCUUCCAAGAAGGUUACGCGUCCCAGCGGCAUGUUCGCAGCAGCUUCUUCGCGCGGUCCGAAUGCCAACGACGCCGCUCUUGCCAAACGCAAGAGCCUGAAUGCUCCCAGCCCGACGCCAGCCCCCAGGCCAUCGCGCUCUUCGAGCAUCGCACGCUCCCCUACCAGGUCCCCAACCAAACAGCUGGCCACAGCGCCUUCAAGCGCUGCCGGGUCGCGUACCGCCACUCCUGCCAACGCCAGGCCUGCCCUCGGAGCUCGUCCACGCCCCUCCGUCGCGCCUGCCAAGUCCUCCGCUGCUCCGCCGCCCCUGCCAGCCCCCAGGGCCCGCCAGGCCUCUACCGCCGCUGUGGCACCCAAGCCAACUGGUGCCCCUGCGCGCACUCUGAGCGGUCGGCUGCCCGCAGCUGCCAAACCGGGAGUUGCCCGCUUGCCCACGGCCCGACUCGCCUCCUCCGGCCCGGUUCCGGCCAUCGGCAAACGCGGCAGCGGGAGCACCGUCUCCACGCAGAAGAGCAGUGACGAUGAAAUCCUUUCACCCAAAUCGAUCAGCCCGGCCCAGCAGAGGACCCUGGCAUUGGAGAAGCUCACCGGCUCAGCUAACUCCCCUACACCGCCCGCCGCCACCAAGCCGGCCGGCGCAACCGCCACGACCACAUCCAGGUCAGCAGCCAAUACUGCGGCCGCCAACAAAGAGAUCGAAGAUCUCAAGGCGAAGAUCCGCGUCCUUGAGAAGAAGCGGAUCGAGGAUCGCGAGAAGCUUAACACGCUCGACCAGAUCAAGAGCGAGCGCGACAAGUUUGAGAGGAUUAUCCAAACUUUGCAAAUCAAAUACCAACCACAGCAGCAGGAGCUUGCCGACCUGAGACGGCAGCUCAAGGAGGCUGAGACACGCCUGUGCAAUGUCGAGGAGAUGCAGGCCGAGCAUGAGGCCGCCCUGGAGCUUGCCACCCUCGACCGCGAGAUGGCCGAGGAGAUGGCCGAGGUCCACAAGGCUGAGCUCGACGCCCUCAAGUUGAAGCACGAGGAGUUGGAGCUCGAAGUGGAGGUUCUCCGGGAGGAGAACGCUGAACUCACCAAAGGCAUGUCAUCCGAGGAUAGGGCCAGUGUCGGAUGGCUGCAGAUGGAGAAGAAUAAUGAACGGCUCCGCGAGGCGUUGAUCAGGCUUCGGGACAUCUCCCGUGAGCAGGAAGAGGAGUUGAAGGCCCAGAUCAAGGGUCUCGAGGAUGAUCUGCGCGAGUUUGACGCCGUCAAAGAGGAGCUCACCGCCUGCAAAGAGGACCUGACGCAGAAAGAGUCUGCCAUCGAGGAUCUCCGCGAGCAGCUGAACAACGCUCUGGGAGCCGAGGAGAUUAUCGAGAAUCUCAGUGAACAAAACAUGAACCAAUCCGAAGAGAUCAAGGAGCUCAAGGCGGCCAUUGCCGACCUUGAAGCCCUGAAAGAGAUCCACGAUGAGCUGGAAAUCAACCAUGUCCAGUACGAGAAAGAGAUGCAGGAGGAUAUCAGCCAGAGGGACGCCGUCAUCGCCGAGCAAGCCCGCCAGGCGGCCAAGCAUAAGGCAGCCAUGGAGGACAUGGAGUACACGCUGUCGAGGUUCCGUGAGCUGGUUACUAGCCUGCAGAGCGACCUGGCGGACAUGCGUGCUUCUCAGGCCGUCACCGAGAAUGAGUCGGAGCAGCUGAACAGCCGGUCGCGCGCCAUGCUCGAGCUCAACAUGAAGCUGCAGAUCUCCGCCGCCAAGGCCCAGGCCAAGACCAUCGACCUCGAACUGCGCCGUAUGGAGGCGCAGGAGGCCGAGCAGCACCUGGAGAUCGUCACGCUGUUCCUGCCGGACAGCUAUCAGACCGACAAGGACUCGGUCCUCGCCCUCCUGCGAUUCAAGCGCCUGGCUUUCAAGGCCAAUCUGCUCAACGGCUUCAUCAAGGAGCGCGUCAACAGCCAGCCACACCCUGGUCACGAAGACGAGGUGUUCGAGGGCUGCGAUGUCGCCGACAAACUGACCUGGGUUUCCUGCAUGUGCGACCGCUUCGUGAAUGCCAUCAGCCACUGCUCGCUUGAGCAGUUCGCCCAGUAUCAGGGUGCGCUGUACGAGCUCGAGCCUGCCGAGAGGGCCAUGAACGGCUGGAUCGACGGCCUGAGACGCGACGAGUUGAAGGAGAAGCAAUGCGCGGUCGAGCUGCAGCGGACCAUUGCCCUCAUGACGCACCUUGGCGAGGUGCACAUCUGCCCCGACCUACAGAGCUUCGCCGACGACAUUCACAUGCGCGCUCUACUGAUGCAGAGUUACUUGGAGUCUGCCGCCGUCGCCUUCACCACCGCGAAGGCCAUGGUCCAGCGGGUCGUCCCCUCGACCGAGGACGAGGAGGAGCUCAGCCAGCACUUCUCAAACAAGACCGACAGCGUUGUCACCCAGACUCGCAGCACCAAGGUCAUCGCCGGAAAGACGGCCCGCGCGCUGGAGGAUCUCAAUUCCAGGUCCCUCUCUCUCCUGCCCGAGUCCCUGGAGGCGUUUGUGGAGUGCGAAGCUGCGACAGCGGAGCUCGCCGACAUGGCGCGCAAGAUCGGCUUGGAUCUUCAUCGGCUCCUCAAUGAGGAGGGCAGAACCGCACCAUACACUUAUGCCGAGGUGCAGUCGUGCAUCCAGAACACAGCCAUGACCGCGUUCAACCACAGCGAGGCCGACCUGUUCUCGACGUACCUCAGCAAACUGCGCGCCGUCACGUCGCAGAUCUCGGACCUAGCGGCACUGAGCACAGACCUCAGCCAGACGCAAGAAUUCGAGCGCGGCCCUGCCCCUUGGACCUUGCGCAGCCAGGAGCUUAAGGAGCUCAAGAAGGUGCCGAUCGAGGCCGAGGCCGAGGUUCGCCGUCUCAAGGAGGAGUACAGCAACGCCCGCCGCACCAUCGCCAUCCGUGACGAAGACCUGAGCACAGCCCAGGUCAAGAUUGAGACGCUCGAGUCCCGGAUGCGUGACGCCAAGGCGAAGGCAGCACGGAUCUCGGAGCUCGAGGCUCAAAUCGCGGCGGACAAGGAGGAGAUCGCCACCCUAUCGGAGAGCAUCUCCAAGCAAGACCGCGAACUCAAGGCGCUCGAGCUCGACCGCGACAAGUGGAAGCAGGUCGCCAGCACCAGCCGGGUGGUCGCCGGCAGCGGGGCGGAAGCGGCAGGGGCCAGAGAGAACCAAGAGCGGGCGGUCGCCACGGCGCGCGAGAUGGACAAUCUUAAGACGAUGAUCAACGGCCUCGAGGCUGCGCUCCGCUACCUGCGCGAGGAUAACCGCCGCGCCAGACUGGUGGAGCAGCGCGACCACGACUGGCUCGCCGAGCCCCUCACUAAGAAUAUCCGGCCGGGCGAGCAGCGCAGGGCAAUUGCUGGUUCCGAGAACAAGGCUGUGCUUAGGGAGCUGGUCAACCUGUCGAGCCAUGCUAAGAUCUACGACUUGGCGAGGCUGCCCGAGGAUAAGAUCGCGUGGAAGCCGGCAAAAAGCACGCCGCAGUAUCAUGCGGCACAGCAAAAAGAAGAUUUCGCCACUUGGAAGAGCUGGCAAGAGGCCGCCCUUAAGAAGGGCUGGGGGUCGGUGCCCGCGUCUCCCGCUGCGGCAGGUAAACAGAGCCCGAAGAAAAAUGUCAUGAGGCCCGUUGGGGCGAAGUUGCAGAUCAGGCUGCCGGGGAUGGAGGGAAAGCCUAGCCCUAUCACGGGUAGGCAGGUGGAGAUUGUGGAUUCCAAGGAGUGGGAGGCGUUGCAGGGGAGGUUUUUGUUCAUGUGAGAAAGCACUGGCGGCGUCUAGGGCGUUG